CUCCAAACUGAAGGAGGGAGCACAGCUCCGAGCUUGUGUCUGCCUUCAUCCAGCUGGAAUAAACCCGUGUAAACGUCCCUUCCGAACAGAAUUGCCUUCAGCAACUCAACUUCCAUCAAAAAGCAGCCGCUUCCGUACAGAUGACAACGGUUAGGAAAACGCAUCCAUUAAUCCUUAUUGUUUUGCCCUUAUUUAUACACGGUUGUUUUUCCUCCAGGGCAGAAUAUCGGCUGUUCCAAAGGAUAUUCCGCCGGUAUAACCAGUCCAUCAGGCCGGUGGAGAAUGCCUCUGACCCGGUCACAAUCCAUUUCGAGAUCGCCAUCUCCCAGCUGGUUAAAGUGGACGAAGUCAACCAGAUAAUGGAGACAAAUCUUUGGCUCCGACAUAUCUGGAAUGAUUACAAGCUGCGAUGGAACCCGGCUGACUAUGAUGGGAUUGAAUCAAUCAGAGUUCCUUCUACCAAGAUAUGGAAACCAGACAUUGUGCUGUACAACAAUGCAGUGGGAAUUUUCCAAGUUGAGGACAAAACCAAAGCGUUACUCAAAUAUGAUGGAACCAUCACCUGGAUACCUCCUGCUAUUUUUAAAAGCUCCUGUCCAAUGGACAUCACCUAUUUUCCCUUUGACUAUCAAAACUGUUCGAUGAAAUUUGGAUCCUGGACCUAUGAUAAAGCCAAAAUUGACCUUGCGAUCAUAGGGUCUAAAGUAAAUCUGAAAGAUUAUUGGGAGAGUGGCGAAUGGGAGAUCAUUGACGCUCCGGGAUAUAAACAUGACAUUAAGUAUAAUUGUUGUGAAGCUAUUUAUGUGGACAUCACCUACUCUUUCUACAUACGAAGACUGCCCUUGUUUUACACAAUCAACCUGAUCAUUCCUUGCCUGUUGAUCUCGUUUCUGACUGUUCUAGUCUUUUAUCUGCCCUCUGACUGUGGAGAGAAGGUCACUUUGUGUAUAUCCGUCCUCCUCUCUUUGACAGUAUUUCUGCUGGUUAUCACUGAAACCAUCCCUUCCACCUCUCUGGUGAUUCCUCUGAUUGGUGAAUACCUCUUAUUUACAAUGAUCUUUGUCACUCUGUCUAUUGUUAUUACAGUCUUUGUCCUAAAUGUCCACUAUCGAACUCCAACCACUCACGUCAUGCCGGGGUGGGUGCGGAGAGUCUUCCUGCAUUUCUUACCCAGGGUAAUGUUGAUGAGAAGGCCUUUUGAUGAAAAGCAAGCUGAAAAUUCCAGGAGCAAGCGAGGGAAAGCGAACUGGCCCCAAACAAGCUGCACCAGCUAUCUGGAACAUGGUGACUUCAAGCUUAGCAAAGACCAAUUGAAAUGCCCCUGCCAGUAUUGCAAAGAGCCCAAUGACGCUGCUUUCUGUACCCUUUGUAGACACAUCAGUCCUCAGUCACUUGAGACUUUGAUGGGUGUCUCACUUCUUUCUCCUGAAAUCCGACAGGCUAUAGAGAAUGUUAAGUACAUUACAGAAAACACAAGGAGCCAGAAUGCUGCCAAAGAGGUGGAGGAUGAUUGGAAAUAUGUGGCUAUGGUAAUUGACAGAAUAUUCCUGUGGGUAUUUGUGUUAGUUUGUGUUCUAGGAACUGUGGGAUUGUUUUUACAACCGCUCAUGGCUGCAGAGUAA